CAUGACGGUAAAAGAAUCGAAGUACCCAUCUCUAGUGAUGGCACAAAGAAGCUAGAAGUUCCAAAAGAAAAAAACCAGACUGGUAGCGAUAGUGGAGACGAGUUCGGCGAAUACACCUACGAGGACGAAGAACUAGUCGAGGCAGAAGGGUAUUAUACGAAAGGAGCCAUUGAAGAACCCGACGAUUUGUUCUAUAACCCGUGGGAAGAAUCGACAAGCCCAGCAUUGUACUUGAUGAAUGUAGAAAAAAUGCUGAUGAAAGAUGACGACGAAACCGAAACCACUGGUGCUAAGCCGAUAAAGCAGAGAGCAUAUAGGGCAGCACCCAGCGAACACGAAUUUAUUGAAAAUGAA